AUGUGGAUCCUACCGCUGGUAGGGUAUUUGGGGGUGAUUGUUGGAUUCGCCUUCCUCACCCUCGCCAUCGCAUCGGGACUUUACUAUCUAUCCGAGCUCGUGGAAGAACACACUGUUCUUACACGCCGACUCCUGGGUCGCUUAAUAUACACCAUCAUCGGCAUUCAGGUCCUCCUCGCGAUAUUCGACCGAUUUCCCAUCUCGCUCUCCCUCCUCAGCAUCCUCUCCCACCUCAUCUACGCCAGCAACCUACGCCGCUUCCCAAUUGUCAAACUCACUGACCCCCUCUUCAUUCUGUCCUGCGGGUUGGUCCUCCUCAACCAUUGGCUAUGGUUCCGCCACUUUUCGAAGCCGCUCCCUCCCUCCCGGCGCAACGAGACCAACUGGCGCCAGCCAUACCAGGUCGACUAUGACGACAUGCCCUCCUUCUCCGAAGUGGCGUCGUAUUUUGGACUAUGCAUCUGGCUGGUCCCAUUCGCUCUCUUCGUUAGUCUGAGCGCGGGCGAGAAUGUUCUGCCCAGCAUGGGCUCCGAGUAUGCCACCGGGGAGCAUGUCCCAUCCGGGCUGGGCCAUAGCCGUGGGCCUUCAGAGGGCAAGACGAAGAACAAGGGAAUGGCGAAGGCAUUGGUGGACAACGUGCGGGACUGGGCUCGGGAAAACGGCGAGCUCAUGGGUUUCUGGCGAGGCGAACGCACGCGGCGCUUUUAG